AUGUCUUCAAUAAACAUAAAGAGAAAGUGUCCAAAUGGAGAGAAUAGUCGAGCAACAACUGAAAAAUGUCCAACACACAAACACUAUAACGUUUCUCUAACUAAGGUAUAUAAUCCUCCUGAGGGUCCACAUUACAAAGUCUGUAAGCAUACAAGGAAGACUGUAACUAUCCGUUACCUAAGAUAUGAUGGACAAAAUCUCACCGAUGAGGGUGGGAAUACUAAACUUACUGAGAAACACUCUGGGAUAAAAGAAGUAUCUACUUACUACAGUGCCAAAUAUGAUUAUGGUCAAGACUAUAUAGAUAAACCUCUUCUACUUAGAAUAAAAGAUGAAGGUAAUAACUAUCACUGGUAUUUUAAUGCGGAUGCAGAUGAUACUGAAGAAGAUGAACAAUAUGAAGAACCUAAAGAAAAACCAAAUACUAGAUGGAAGGCGAUCCCAGAAGGAGAGACAGAGUUCUAUCAGGGAAAUAAUCCAACCCCAACACUUAGAAUCAAACUCAACACACUUGCCUGUAAACUCCAUAAUCUCCAUUCUGUCAAUAUUUAUGAGAAAGAGACAUACAGCUGUGCAUGCAGUAAGACCAAAGUUUCUGAAGAGACUGAUCUUUCCGGAUACACUAAGUACAAGCAUGAAUAUGAUACUAAUGCAAACUUUGUUAGAUACAGAAAGGUUAGCCUUGAAGAAGAUGAUGAUGGCUCUCUUACACUCGAUGAUAUAACCGGGGAUCUUUCUGUCUACUAUUGGGACAAAGAUGAAGAGCAUAGAAAGAAACCUCUUGUUAUUGAAGUGAAUGUUGGAGGUAUUAAAGCUUAUUAUGGUAAUAAUGGAAAGCAUGAUAAUGCAAAGUGGAGUGUGAUGGAGUCUGUAUCUCCAGAGACUCUCCACAAACAAAAAUGUAAACUUUUCAGACCAGCCGAUAUAAAUGUCUUUGAGCAACAGCAGUAUAAGAAUACAUACUGUGAAUCUAUUUCACAUGAUGAAUGUCCUGAGAACGUAGAAGUUUCUACUUACAAUAACCUAUCUAAUCUCAAUGGAUAUAAAGCUGUCCAACACACUUACGGAGGGGGUAAAUUUACCAUAACUGGUUUCACUAAGGGACCCUUUCCAGGUAACGGUCUAGACAAAGAUUUUCCAAUAUGGGAUGUUGCGGAACUAGUAGUAUUCUUUGCCUCUUGUGCUGAUCCUAAGGAUCCUGCUACCAGUAAACCUCUUUUAGUCUACGUGGGCAGUAAUGAUGAAAAGACCCAGAUUCACAAGUGGUAUAGUAGGACAAAUGAGGGUGAUACUAAGUGGAAAACUAUUUCUAAUAAUCUAGAUCAACAACCUCCACAUGAUGUUCGUGAUAUUCUUGUGACUACUCUAGAUGAGAUUAAGAAGGAGCUAGGACUUCGGUGUCCAGGAGAAGAGAUACCUCAACAACCACCACCUCCUGUUCCUUUACCUCAAGCUCUAAAAGCAUCUCAACCACAAGGAGUAAUCAUCAAGUUUAACAUAAGGCCAAAAGGUAAUACUCCUGAGACUUAUAAUGGAUAUGAGUCUAUUGGAACUGGCACUAACCUUCAAGUCAAAAGAUCCCCUUAUCCUACUGACCAAGGACUUACUUCGAACUUCUACGAGUAUGAGCAUACUUUACAGAAUGGAGGAGAGUUCACAUUAAAGGAAAUCCAGGGUGAUGGUGCCAAUAUUAGUGCAAUCCGAAAUACUGCCAAUGUUACUUCGGUUUCAGCUUAUUACUGGAAGCAUGAGAAUGACGGACCUAGGACAGCUCUCAUAGUAGGAGUAACUACUGGUGAUACAACUACCUAUUAUGGCAGCAAGAGAAAUGGCUCUUGGAUUGCACUUAAUAACACUUCUCACCCUCCACUCAGAAAUAAUGAUCUUGAAAGAACGCUUGAUGACCUACUCUGUUUGAACUAUGAUGCGGUAAUUAUGGACCUAUCACAUGAUGCUUCCUAUACCGUAUGGACUGCUAAGAAGCCAUAUUGCUGCAGUUGCCAUGAUGGUAAUGAUCGGAAGGUCACUGUUACUCUUGAGAAAGUUUCAGCUUCCUCUCAAAUUGGAUACUACAAACACUCCAUUAAAGGUGGUGAUCAACUGGCAGGCAUUAAGUAUUAUCUCCAUGGUAGUGAUGCUAAUAAGCCUGAGAAUAGAAAGAGGAUCAAAUUAAAUGGACAUCCAUUUCCCAUACAAGGUCCUGUUAGUGUUUAUUCAUUCAACUGUGGAAAGAAACCGGUACUUAUCUACGUCGAUGGAGGCUCAGCUACAGGUUGGUAUCAGAAGGGAACUCUGGAUAGUGAUCAAUGGGUAAAACCCAGAAAUGAACUUAACGAAGUGCCAGAUAAAAUCAAAAGGUGUAAUGAAGACUUUAAAAAACUUGCAGAGGAACUAAAACGACUAGGAUGUAACGACUAUGGAAAAUGUACCGCUCCAAAGCCUCAACCACGUUCUGAAGAUGAUGGACCAGGAUUAGGAUCCCAAACUGAAGAGAAGGAAGAGCUCCAAAAGAAAAAACUCAAGCUAGCUGAAGAAAGGGUGAGAAAGAGAGAAGCACAAAUAGCACAGAAAGAAGAGCAAGAAACAAUACAGACGAUAGCUGCAGAAGCUCAACAAACGCAACUUCCACCUACUCUUCCUGUUGCUCUACCUAUGACCUCUCCAAGGACUGAAAGCUCUGCCGGUAGCGGUUCUGGAGAGAGUACUGGAGGUGCUGAUACCGAUACCACUAGUGUUGGUGAAGUUGAAGCUAAAGUAGAUACGUUUGAGCUAUUUAAAACACUUGGAGGAGCAGCUGGUAAAGUUGUUGGUUCCGUACUAGGUGGAUCAGUUGUAGCUAGUGCACUUGGUACAGUUGGAUUAGGUACAGCUCUUGGAUUGGCAGACAAGAUUAUUUGUCCUGCUGGUCUACAUGGUGAUAAUGGUAAAGGUGGUGCUGUAGAUGGUAAUGAUCCGUCUCCUGAUACUGGUGAUGUUCCUGAUCUUACUGCUAAAGAAGAUGAAGUCUCAGCCAGAGAUGAAGAACUCCCUAAAAGUACUCAAGAAGAAUCUGUUCCUUCUGUUGCUAAAUCAGAAUCUGGAGCUAAACCUGGAGAACUUCAAGUUGAAGAUCCUCAACCUCAACAAGCUGAAGUUGCUGCUCUUACUCCUGGAACUGUUACCAAUGUUGAUUCUGCUGAAAGUGUUAUAGAACGUCAAGAAGAAAAAACUGCUCCUGAACUUGUUACUUCUCCUGAAGAUAAUGCUGCUACUUGUCCUGUUAGUCUACCUGGAAGUGCUCUAGUUGUUGCUUGUGAUGAAAAAGGAGUGGCUGCUGUUCUAGCUCUACAAUCUGGCGAAGAACGAUCUCUUCCUGGAGGUGCUGCUAAUCCAUCACAAGAAACACUACUACAAACUCUACGUAAUGAUGGUGAUGGACAAAGACUAGAAUCCAAAAUUGAAACUGCGGAAAAAGAAAAGGAAGAGAGCGAACCUGAGGGAAAUGAUCAAAGAAAAUCUGAAGAAUCUGAUACUAUUGUUGGUUCUAGUGAUACUGGUACUUAUGGACCUGCUCCCAGAACUACUCCUGGAGAUUCUGAACCUACUUCUGAUUCUCCUACUACUAAUGCUGCUCCUUCUGAACCUCCUGUUGAAGCUCCUGCUGCUCUUGCUGGUCCUACCGUUGCUGCUGGUUCUGUACUAUGGACAGCGUUUGGAUCUACCUCUGGUACUCUUGCCGGAGCCGGUGGUCUUACUGGAUUUGGCUGGUGGAUCUACAAACGUUCUAAAGGAGACCCCUGGGCUAUCCAAUCUGACAUUUGUGCACCAACAAAUUGCCCCUUGUAUUAUUACGAAAUUGAAAUUUUAAACUGCGAUAGUCAACCCAAAAUCGUAGUUGGCUUCUCACAUAGCAACUACCACUUGAAUAAACAUCCAGGCUCUGAGCCUAAUUCCUUUGGCUAUAAAUCCGAAGAUGGAACUCGCAUGAAUGGAGGAUCCAAGACUGAAACUUAUGGUUCAACAUAUGGAAAAGGAGAUGUUAUAGGAUGUGGAAUAGAUUACAUCAAACAAUGCUAUUUUUGCACAAAAAAUGGAACCUUGAUAGGAGAGGCUGGAUCACUUCAUCAUGUCGAUAACUUUCCUACGGUUGGCCUAAGCUCCUCAGAGGAUUCAGUCAAGUUCAACUUUACUGGACCAUUUAAAUUUAACAUUGAAGAAUAUUUUAAAGACACACUCACCGCUGAGAGAGAUGAAAUUGAUAAAAUAAACGUAUCGGAUAAAUCGCUAAAUACUGUUGUUCAUUUGUAUCUACUCCAUCGCGGAUAUUCCAAGACUCUGGAAGCCUUCAAGAGAGAGACGGGUGUUUCCCUGGACAAACAAGAUGCGACGGACAAAGAUGAAGAAAAGGAGGAUGAGAUGAAAGACGUAAAGGAAAAACCAGAAUUCCUUCCAUCCUUGCACAUUUCUGACAAGGUCAUAGAGACACUAGAAAGUACCUUGGAUACUAGAUCGGAGCUUCUGAAGCAGAUUCUUCAGGGAGACUCGAAAGCGGUAGUUAAGAGGCUAAUGGAAGAGUUUCCACAAGUCAAGAAAACUUCACUGUCCUAUGCCAUGUUGGUCACGCAGCAUUUUGUUGAGAUGCUAAAAUCGGGUACAGAUGCAAUGGAGGCAAUAAAUUGGCUAAGGGAUUUCAUUCAGCAACACGUCGUUACCUCUGAGGAUUCUGAUGAAUUUUUAAAUGAUGAGAGCAUCAAGAAGCUGCUAAAGGUACCUCCACUUGUAACGAUAAUUAAAAUAUUCAGGAAACGUGCGGUCUGA